ACACCUUCUCGUGAUCACAAUUGUGUGGAAUUUACAGCACCGGUUAGGAUCAGGAUGGAUUUUUUCCAAAUUCUACUUUUAAUUUCUUCGGUUUCGUUUGUUUAUACAGACAGUACUCUCAGGCUUGUAAACUUGGUGUAUCGUCAUGGUGAUCGAAGUCCCAUUGUAAUUUACCCAACAGACAUAAACCAAGUUGAUAAGUGGCCGCAGGGACUUGGAUGGCUUUCAAAGAAAGGAAUGCAAGAGCAGUAUGGCCUAGGACAAUGGUUGAAGACACGUUACAUGGAUUCUGGCUUUAUGAACAAUACAUACAGGAGAGAGGAGAUCACAGUUCAAAGUUCAGACGAAGAUCGCUGUCUGAUGAGUGCUUAUUCUAACCUGGCUGGGCUUUAUCCUCCAAAUGAAAUGCAGAAAUUCAACCCGAACAUCAAUUGGCAGCCAAUACCAGUAUUCACUAAACCGAAACCAGAGGAUAAUAUGUUGAAUAUGGGAGAAAACUGUCCACGAUACAAUGACCUAUUGACACAAACACUUUCUUCACACGCUGUAACAGAGGAGGAGAUCAGAAAUAAGCCCUUCUAUGAGUUUCUUGGCAAGAAUACCGGUUGGGAUCAUGAGAAUAUUAGCAACAUCUGGAAAAUUGCUGAUACUACAGUUUGUGAGGAAGCACAUAAAAUGAAUCUUUCUUCUUGGAUAAAUACAACAGUGUAUGAUAAAUUGAGAGAACUUGAGGCAUACCAGUUUACUCUACUGUUUAAAACAAAGGAAAUGAGUGUGCUGAAGGGAGGUCCUUUGUUAAAACAGUUUAUCCAGAACAUGAACAGCAAGAAGACUGAUAUGAACCUUAAAACAAAGAUGUUUAUGUACUCUGCACAUGAUACAACAGUGGCUGCAAUAUUAUCUGCCCUUGGACUGUAUGACAAGAAGAGUCCACAGUAUACAGCAACAGUUAUUGUGGAGCUGCAUGAGAAACCGGCAAACAAUUACUAUGUCAACAUUUUCCAUAAGAAUGUUACAGACAAUGCUACAGCUUAUCCCUUAACAUUGCCGAAUUGUAAGCAAGACUGUCCAUUGGAUGACUUUAUACGACUGACGAAGGAUGCAGUCCCGACAGACUGGUUACAGCAGUGUGGCCAGCCAGCAGGUAGUCCCAAAUCUGGGAUGUUAGCUGCAGGUUGGAUUGUUGCAGUAGCUCUUGGAUGCAUUCUUGUUGUAUUUGUCAUUGUUACAGUGCUGUGUUUUUUAAGAAUGAGACGGAGAAACGACCAAUACCUGUUCGGCAAAUUUGAUGUAUCGUCUUAAUGGAAGUACUAUAUUUCUACUGAAAUGGAUUAUCUGAUUUCAAGAAAUGCAAUAAGUUAAAACAAUGGUGCUUUGUAAAUUGUCAUUUGUCAAAUAAGUUAUACAACAUUUGCUGAAAUGCAGUAAAUUCUAAAGUGCUGUCUUAAAGUUAUAUGAUGAUGUACUGUUAAAUUUUUCCUUUAAAAGAUAGAAAGCUGUACAGAGCUACCUUACUGAGAAAUGUCAUGAGUUGAAGUUUAUCAUAUAAAGGAAGAAAUGAUAUUUUCAGAGCUUGUUAAAUUAUUUACGCAUUCAGAAAUUUCGUCUACAAACAGAAAAAUUUAUACUUUAUGAAAUUUUUCUUGACAUCUUAAGCAUCUAAAAACUUUAUAUUCAUGUAUGCUCUUUCAGUUAUUUUGUCAACACUCCUUCCUUCUGAAGAUUUUUCCUACUUAGGGAUGUGAUUUUUUCUGUGUAGUCACAGAUUUCCUCGGUUUUGAUGAUCGGAUCCCAUGAAUAGUGUCUGUCAGUAGUGUAAGGAGUGAAAAUUUCGGUGGGUAAUCAACACAGAAAAUAAGUACCACAGGUUGGAUAUGGAUCCAAGAAAUGCACUUUGCAUAUACAUAAGUUUAUAUUAUGCAUCUCCUCAUUGGUCAAAAGGUUGCAGCUAGACCAAUGAAAUCUAUUGUUUAAUUGACAGAAUAUCAGUAUUUGUGAAAAUGGCAUUGGAUAGAAACAAUGAAAAUAGGACUUGAAACAAUUUUUGAGUUAUGGUGAAACUUUAUAUAGUGCAUCAAAUUUCAACAAUGUUGAGUUCCUGAUAGGGCUAGGGACUUUAUCCCCUGUGAUCCCUACUGGGUCUUUAUACCUUGGCCUCAUAGGGGGCCUUAGGUGGCCCCCAAAUAACUAGCAAAAAUAAUUUCAGACCUUAAGUCUUUAGCUGAAUCACAUCCCUGGUAUUUUCUUAGUGCAGUAGGCAGUUUUUUAAAGGAGCGUUUUUACCAGUUUUGAAUCAUUUUGGUACAUGUAUUAUUAAUAUUUGCUCAAGAAAAAGUGCAUUAAAAAUAAAACUUGAUGAUAUUUCAAGAUGGAAAAUGUUUUUAGAGAAAUAUUUUAUAACAGCAGUAUUACGUUGUCACCUGUGAGUAAUGUUUUGGAAAAUUAUUCAUAAUGUAUGAAAUAUAGAUGAAUGUCAUUUAUAUAAACAUAGAUGAUUUGGUAUAUGUUUUUGCUCAAAAGAUUUUGACAUUCCACUUUGUCUGUUAAUCUGUCAUGUCUCCAGGAAGAUUACAAUUUUUUCAGAAUUUAGCAUUAACUUAUUUGUUGGUAAAUUGUCAAUAAAAACUGAAUCACUGAAGUCUAUGCAGUACUUAUUUGUUUAAACAAUGGUAUAGUCAUAAAAUAUGUAGAAAAGCUAAACACUGCAUAAGUCAAAAAUGAAAAGUGUAAUAUAAAAUAGUAGAAAUUUAGCUGUACUUUUAGCAUUAUCAUAAAAUUUCAACAUAAAUUUAUGGUUUUGAACACUAAGUAGUUUAUAGAUGUUAUUUUCUGUAUUGUUCUUCUGGAGGCAAGCCCCUUUAAAGUAAACAUUGUGUGUAUUUACAUGUGUACAAUUGAGAUUAAUGAAAGUUAAAUGUACAGUCAGAUUCAAAAAGACCUUUCCAGUAUAAGUAAUGCACUUUCUUUUAAAGCAGAUAUAAACAUUUUAACUUGGGGAUGUCCAAAUAUGUAAACUAGAUUAACAGCUUGAAAUUAUUUUAUUGUAUGCAGGUAACUCAUUUGACAACAAAACCUGGGGUUGCAAGUUUAAUCCCUGACUCCUUAACUAAAAUUUCAAAAAUUCUUUCAAAUAAGAGUCUUGUGUAUGGGUGAUUUAAGUCUGGCUGAAGAAUCAGGGAAAGAUUCUGGAGUUGGAGAAUCUUGAACUGUCGUCUGAGUAAAUCACUAAGUUAAACAUUCUUCUAGUGUUUCUCAUAAGACUACCGGUAGCAACUUAAAAAAGAAAAAAAAGUAGAUAUUUGUUGAGGCAACUUAUGGUGACCUUGACAUUGUCAUCAAAAUUAUUUUUCAGUAUAUGGGCGUUAAGAGAGUCUGUCCAAUAUUGUCCAAGUUGUAACUUUGACAUGCAUGGAACUCAGCAGAAAUGAUUGUCUGAUUGAGAUUGGGGUGAAGCGCCCAAGACCCAGAUCCUUAUCUUAAAAGUCAAGGUUAUACUUGGUAGUCAAAGGUCAUAUCAGAGCUUGCCAGGUCCAACUCUGACAUACAUGAAGCAGUCCUUUUUCAUUUGGCAGGACUGAUUUCAUAAUGAGACUGAAUGUCAUGAGCAAUCCACAGACUCCAGUCUCAACUUCAAGGUCACAGUGAUCAGAUAUCAUUUUUAAUCUUUUCCUGUCUGUAACUUUGACAUGCAUGAAAAAGUGUUUUUGAUUGACAGUAAUGUGUCCUUAUCUAGAUGGAAUGUUAUGCACAACAUCCAGGUCCCUGUCUCAAAAGUCAGUCUCUUUUUGGGUCAAAGGUCGUGCAUGACAAGAGAAUGUCUCGGCAGUAACUUGCAGAAAGCAAAUUUUUUUUUAUUUUAUUUAUUUUAUUUAUAUUUUUUUACAGAAAUUAUGAGGGCCUGUCAGAAACAUGACCUGGGCCCUAUCUCAAAGGCCAAUGUAGCACUUUGGGGUCACUAUGUUAGAUCUUGCCCAGCUGAAAUGUUGUAUGCCAAGGUCACACGGGGGUGAAAGGUCAUGUAUGAUAUUUUCUAGACUAUGACACACAGAGUACUUUUUUUUAUUGAGAGAAAAAUGUGAGUUAAUGAGGUGGUGACUCAACAAAUAAUUGUCUCAACGUUUUUUUUCCCCUUUUGGCAGCAGAAUUUUAAUUCAUUGAAUCUGCUCUGUUAUGAAUUUGCCUAUAUCCUUUCUUGGAAGUGUCAUUUUGAAUUGAACUGUACAAUUUAUGUAGAAACAAGUCCCAUAUAGGUGAACAAAAUAAUGCAAACUAAGUGUACAUUAAAUAUUAUUUAUGACUCUAGUGCAAUGAAUAUAUGUCAUGUAUUGUUUUGUGUUUUGUUUAUUUAAUUGAGCGCAUAGUGAAAGCAAACUAUUAUUGAUAAAACCGUGUUGCAAAAGGUCAUAUUUUAUGUCAUAUACUAGACUUUAAAUAUUUCAUUUUCUGAUGAAAUGUGCAUGGCUUUUUAUAUGUGUAUCCCUCAUAGAAACUAUUAAUUUUUCUCAGAAUAUGUUUACAUUUUACAUAUUAGUGUGUGAAGGGUUGUAGUUUUGGUCAGUUUUCAUAAAGUACAGAGCUAUUCUUUAAUUACAGUGCUUUUAUAUUUUACUUUCAAUCAAACUUGUGUGAAUUUUGAAGUUUAUUGAUUUAUUGUUUUAUGGACAUUAACAUUUUCACUUUUUUAUUAUAGCAUAAAUGCAUGAGUUAAUGUACUUGAUUUGUCAUAUUAAAAGUCCCCAUUCAACAUGACAGACUUACAAAAGUUUACUUUCACAGGAUAAACAAAUUUGUUAUUUUCUCAAAAUGAUGCAAGAACAGAAAGUUAAUACGCUUUUUGAAGGAAUAAGUAACAAAGCCCUUAAACUGUUCUGAUUAGAUUAGCAAUUUGGCUUUUCCAGAGAUGUGCCUUAUAAUUUUCCACUUUAAUUAUUAUAAUGGAAAAAAUGAAUGUUAAGCAUUUCAAAUGGUGACCAAUGGUAUUAUGAGCUUUGUUAGAUAAUCAUGUAUUUAUCCUCAUGGGUAAUCUUAAUUAGUUUACACUAUUUGAAAAUAAUUGCAUAUUUAAAUCUAAAAUGAAAGACAGUUAAUGUUAAAUUAAAUUCAAAAUCAAGUUAAGAUUAUUUCAGGUAAAGAUUAAGUCAUUGUUAAGAUGUGUAUUCAUUUGAAUUUCAUAAAUAUUUUUUGUAAUAACAGAUGCUGUGAAAUCAUUUAAUUUAUUGGGCACAAAAGUUAAGUUAUUUCAACAAAACUGACAAUUUCACAAGGACAUGAAUAAUUCAGGAAUGUCAUGUUUUGAAAGGAUAAAAGAAACGUUAAAUUUCUUAUUGAUCAAGAUUUUAUUUCAUGUAUUGAUAAAACAAUGAAAUCCACAAAAAAUAGUCCCCUACGAAAAUAUUGAUUUCACAGUAUUUACGGUAAGAAUGUUAGCUGUAGUUUCUGUAUUUAAUCUAGUAACUGGAUGUUGAAAGUUUGUUAUGGUAUUUCAAAGUUGUCAGUGUAUUUGCAUUUGUAUUUGUGAUGUAGUUUUUGCUAACAUCAAUGUAAUGUUUUGUAAUUUUCCUGUCUGUUUCUUAAGUUGUUCAUAAAUCAUCCAUGCGAAACCUUAAUAACUGCACUGAUAAAAAGUUGAAACAGCUAUCCUGUUUGUGUAUGCGCUGGUGACAUAAUGCUAUAUACGUUUACAUACAUAGCAUGAAUUUUUCAAAAAUUUUAUUGCUUUGAAAUGCUGUAUAAUACUGGUGUGUCUACUCUAAAGGAUUUGUGGUAUUUUUUACUAUGGAUGGAAGUUGUAAAUUAGGUUGUAAUUGUGAAUUGAAAUUAUCUUACAUCAUGAAAAUAUAUUGUUUUAAGUUUUCAAAUUAUGUUGCAAUACUGAAGAUAGUUUAC